AAAGAACAACGUGUUUGCGCUUGUUUCCUGGACUCUGCAGGGUCUGGGAGAAGUUGUGCUCCUCCCUGAGGCGUGGAAAAAGUCUCACUCCCGAACAUUGCGCAUGUCCACAGCUCGUCGGCACUAUGAGGGCGACCUUCUCCUGCGCCGUCCUUGUCCUGGGGGUCGGUACGUGGACGGCCGCUGCCCGGGACUUCCCCCUGCCCGUGGCCUCCACAGGCUCGCUGCUGGAGGACACCAAGGCCGAGUGCGCGCGGAAUAUAAAGAGGUGCUGGUUCCUGUCCUUCCUCAAGCCCAGCGAGCCCAUCUGUGCCAGUGACCAGGGAACCUACAGUGGCGAGUGCCACCUCUGCUCCAGAGUCCUAUAUGAAGGGUUUAACAUAACUAAACUGUACGAUGGACCAUAUGGUCCAGCAACCAAAACAAGAGCACAGCUGGUGCCCUCGAGCUUGCUGGACCAGGCUCCGCAGCGGCAGCGGGACUGGGAUAAAUCACCUUACAAGAGAAAGCAGGAAAUUGCCCGGACCUAGGGUGAAGAACCCGAGAACUCACGGGCCGGGGAAGAAGCGCACCUGGGCCCAACUCCGCGAGGACUGAAGAGGAGAAAUCACCGCUCAGCCUGCAGCUCAGUGAUGUCUUCUUAAUAAAUGCUUCUCAGCAGAAAGCCU